AUUCCAUUCCGUUUUAAGUGCUCAGCAGUGUUUAGUAUUGUGUGUUUUGUCAGCAGAAUUGUUUAGUUAAACUGCAACAAUGAGUGGUUUCAGUGGUGUUUUGCAAUUAACGGACUUGGAUGAUUUUAUCACCCCAUCUCAGGAAUGUAUAAUGCCAACAGAAGUGAAAACAACCAAGACAGGUACAGGUGCUAAAAUUACCAUAGGAGAUGAUGGAGAUUAUUUCCAAAUGCAACAAGAUGGAACAACUGAAAAACUGCAGAAAGUAGAGAUAACAUUAGCUGAUUGUCUUGCAUGUUCAGGAUGCAUUACAUCUGCUGAAAGUGUUCUUAUUACUCAGCAAAGUCAGGAAGAAAUUUUAAGAGUAUUUGAAGAGAAUCAAGUCUUACACAAGACUGGUGAUUCUUUGGAAGCAAAGUUAAUUAUUGUAUCCUUAUCAGUCCAACCAAUCCUAUCCCUUGCAGUGUGCUACAAUUUAUCACCAAAUGACUGCGCUUCAAAACUUGCCGGCUAUUUUAAGUCUCUCGGAGCUGACAUGGUCAUCGAUAUGACGAUUGCUGAUGACUUUGCAUUGUUGGAAAAUCAACGGGAGUUUAUAAAGCGAUACCGCGCUACAACAAGCGACGGUGUGAAGAAUGUCUUACCAAUGCUGGCCUCUAGUUGCCCAGGUUGGGUGUGUUAUGCUGAGAAAACUCAUGGAAGUUAUAUUCUUCCAUACAUAUCCACAACCAAAUCACCUCAGCAAAUAAUGGGCAGUAUUAUAAAGCAAUAUGUGCGCGAGAAACAUAAUGGCAGGCAGAUUUAUCAUGUGACAGUGAUGCCUUGUUAUGAUAAGAAACUGGAGGCUGCCAGGGAAGACUUCUUUGAUAAACAUUCCGAACAAAGAGAUGUUGAUUGCGUUAUUACCGCAAUUGAAUUAGAGCAAAUGCUAAUGAAAAACAACAUCAACUUGGAAACAAUCGCAGGUUCAACGUUUUCUGAACCAUGGGCAAGUGGUGACAAUGAACGAGAACCACUAUUGUGUAGACAUAUUGGUUCUGGUUCAGGUGGAUAUGCUGAUCAUAUCUUUAGAUAUGCUGCAAAGGAACUGUUUGAUAUUGAUAAUGAUAAAAUCGAAUUCAAACAAUUAAGAAAUCCCGAUUUUCGAGAAACAAUUCUCGAACACGAUGGAAAAGUACUACUUCGUUUUGCAAUAGCAAACGGUUUUCGUAACAUUCAGAACUUGGUGCAGAAAUUAAAACGAGGUAAGUCGCAAUACCACUAUGUGGAGGUAAUGGCAUGCCCAUCAGGUUGUCUUAAUGGCGGCGCACAAGUACGUCCCAAGGACGGAAUGCCUCAGAAAGAAUUAACUAUUGCGCUUGAGAGACUCUACGAUGCAUUACCAGUUACAAAUCCCGAGCACAAUCAAUUGGUAAAGCAACUUUAUGAAAAUUGGUUAGGUGGAAUGGAUACAGACAAAUCAAAUUCAAUUCUGCAUACUGAGUAUCAUGAAAUUGUCAAGGCUAAUACAGCUUUGAACAUAAAAUGGUAGUGAAAUAUUUUAAGUGGUUCAUAUUUUAUUAGUGGAAAUUGUUACGUUGUAUACACUUUUAUUAAAAAGCGCUCUAUUGUAUCUAUUAA